GAAAAAUGCGCGCGUCAUAUACUCACCUCUGACCUGGAAGUGCAUUCUUACUUAACUGCGACGAUAUACGAAAAUGGCUACUCUUUCUGCGAGAAAAAGGGAAUUCUUUAUUUGGUCCGACGACGAGGUGGAGUUACUACUAAAAGUAACCCAGGAAUACAAAACCUUCAUGGCGGCGAAAAACGUUGACUGGGAGUCCUCGCAAUCCAAAUACGGGGACAUUCUUGCGCGAUUUCUGGAGCGCUACCCCUCGCCGAUGGAGGCCAGCUUAAGCGCCAAAGAUUUUCCCCAUCAAACAGAGGACAUAACUAAAGCACACCUUACGACAAAAUUAAAGAACAUCCGUGUGCGGUACCGACAAGCAGUCGACUCAGGGCGCAAAAGUGGACACGGGCGUGUGGUGCUUAUAUACUUCGACGAAUGCGAGUCGAUUUGGGGAGGAUGCCCGGCCACUGUUGCCACGGGCGAGGGUCUCGACACCAGCGACCUGGAAAGAGCACCACACGCCCCGGAACUGUCGUCAGGCGAGCCAUCACCGCCCAGCAGCUUGGCCGAAGAGCCGGCCUCACAGAGUCGUAAGCGGCGUCUCGAUGAAGAGCUGGGCGACUACCGCACCCAGACACUUCGCAAGGCGUUAACCCCCGCGUCCAUAGCCCAAGAGGACCUUGAGCUAAAACGGCACUUCUACCGACGACAAGAAGAGACGGACCGCAAGUUUAUGCACAGUAUGGACCGCAUCACCUCCAGUAUAGAAAUGUUGGUGAAGCACAUAACACAGCCAAGCACACAAUAGCCACACCACACUACACCAUCACCAAGGACCCGGCAUGAACAUCUACCUGAGCAUCCAUCUGCUCCAAGAUCUCCAGUAGAUGACUUGACUUCACUGUGAAGUUGUGCUGUUUAAAAAAAGAGCUAUAUUGUAAAUAGUUUGCUGUGUAGCUUUGUGUGCAAGUUUUUAAAUUAAAUACAAUUUCUCCUGAACAA